CUCAUCUCUCAGUCUUCUUCUUCCUUUAUUUUUUUUUCUUGUUGGGUACUUGAAAGCAGACAGAUAUGGAGAGAGAGAAAAGCAAUCAGGCUUCUCUUCUAAUGUGGGCUUUGGUUGCUGCAUUCCUUUCUCAGAACUUGCUGAUUUCUGUCAUGUCUACUGCAAGUGUUGAAGAUCAAAAGACCUACUACUCUCCAGACCCGCAUGCAGGAAGUCACCAUAGAGGUUCACACAGAAGUCCACCACAUGGUUCAGGAGGUAGCUACGGAGGCACACCACCCAUUCAUGGAACCCCCUCACAUGGAGGCAGUGGCAGCUAUGGAAGCAGUCCACCGGCUAACUGUGAAAACCCCCCAAGUGGAGGACAUUAUGAUCCAACUCCGAGCACUCCAACGACACCUUCAAUACCAUCCAUUACUCCACCAACCAUCAUAAGUCCACCAACCAUUACUCCACCAGUCACCAUAAGUCCACCAACCACUCCUAUCGACCCCGGCACCCCAAGCACUCCGGGUGGUGGAUACUAUAACUCUCCUCCAACCUCCGGCGGCAGCACUCCAACGGCACCUUCAAUACCAUCCAUCACUCCACCAACCACUCCUAUCUACCCAGUCACCCCAAGCAGUCCGGGCACCCCGACCAUUCCCGGAAUUUCAACACCAUCGCCUCCAUUUGAUCCUAACUCGCCCUUUACUGGUACUUGCAAUUUCUGGAGCACUAACCCAGGACUCAUAUGGGGUCUGUUUGGCUGGGCGGGAACACUCGGUGGCGCAUUCGGCACGCCUAGCCUUCCAGGGACCGGGGCGAGCAUGAGCUUGCAGGAAGCACUUUCAAACUCUAAUACCGACGGCCUCGGGGCUCUGUACCGAGAAGGCACAGCUUCUUUGCUGAACUCCAUGGUGAACAGGAGGUUCCCAUACACAACCACCCAAGUCAGGGACAGUUUCGUCCGAGCACUCGGCUCGAACAAGGCGGCAGCAGCUCAGGCACAUCUCUUCAAGCUGGCAAACGAGGGUCGACUCAAGCCUAGAGCCUGAGAAAAAUUCCAAGUUACUCCCAGUAUCUUGUCGUGUUCAGUUAUGGUGCAUUUCUGUGUUGUGUGACUAUUUUAGGUUUGGAAUUUUAUGUUCUAGUUUCCUAUGAUGUUACAGAUUAUAAAUUUGGAUAAACUUUAUGUUUUGUCAGUUAUCAAAUAAGAUUAGUGUGUGUUCCAACUGUCCGUGUAAUAUUAUCUGGACCUAAAAAUUUGAUUUAAUUUAUUGAUAUAAUGAUGUAGCUUCGAUAGAACCAUUGGAUCAACGCUAAAUUUUAAUAUUUGAUGGGUCCUACAGUCAAUUCAAAG